UCACUCCAAUUCCAUAUCCGAUCUCUUCAGUCUUCACUGCCAGAUACAGAGAGGUCUACAGAGAAACUGAACCAUGUUGGGUAUCUUCAGCAGCGCUGUUGUAACGCCGCCGGAGGAGUUGGUGGCUGCAGGUUGCCGGACACCAUCGCCUAAGAUAACGUCGACGGCGUUGGUGAAUCGGUUCCUUGAAAGCAACGCUUGUGCCGUGUCGGUACAGAUCGGAGACCAUGUCAAAUUGUCUUACACUCACAAGAGCGAAUCGGCUCUGCAACCCAGAUCAUUUGCAGUGAAGGAUGAUAUAUUCUGUUUGUUCGAAGGGGUUCUGGAUAAUCUGGGGAGUUUGAGGCAAGAAUAUGGACUGGCUAAGUCAGCGAACGAGGUAGUGCUUGUGAUAGAGGCUUACAAGACGCUUCGUGAUCGAGCCCCUUACCCUCCCAGCCAUGUCGUCGGUCAUUUUGAAGGCAAUUUCGCUUUCAUCCUCUUCGACAAGUGCACCUCCACCCUUUUCGUCGCCUCUGAUCAAUUCGGAAAGGUUCCUCUGUUUUGGGGAAUUACCGCCGAUGGGUACGUCGCCUUUGCUGACGAUGCCGACUUGCUCAAAGGUGCUUGUGGAAAGUCUCUUGCAUCUUUCCCUCAGGGAUGCUUCUUCUUCACCGCAGACGGUGGUCUGAGAAGCUACGAGCACCCUAAGAAUACAAUUACUGCCAUACCCGCCACUGACGAAGAGAUUUGGGGAACCAAGUUCAUGGUUGAAGGCCCAACAGUUCUUGCGGCCAUGAAGUAGAGAUUCCUCUCUUUUCAAUUGCUCUUGACAAUCUUCUUCCUUGCCCGUGAAGUAGAGGGCGCUGAUUACUGUGUAGGAUUGUAAGGGUUGACUAGAACAACUCUUUUCCAUUGCAAAUUCACAAGAAGCAGCGACAGUCGAACUGAUUGGGCAGAGAAUCUGUUCAUGGGUCUGCAUUUUUUAGGCUCUUUCCUGGUUGAUUUCAUCCUUGUAAGUUUCUUGCUUGGCAGUCAAGUGUUGUAAUAAAGAAAAAAUCCUUGGCUGCUCA